AUCCUCCGCGUAACGAGGCUACGUCUAUCUAUGCUAUUGGUUCAUGUCGUGCACACGAGUGCAGACAAGAUUCUUUGUGAAUUAAAAAGAUAGUAGGUUAGUAAUUAAAUCAUGGACGAAAGUAAAUUGACAAAGGAAAGUAGUUUUGACGAGAAAAUUAGCACAACAGAGGAAAUUGAUGAAGAAAAUGUUGAGAAAGUAGUUUGGAAGGAUUUGGGACUUGUAGAUGUAUUAUGCAAAGCAUGCGAAGAUCUCAAGUGGAAGUCGCCUACGAAAAUUCAAUGCGAAUCUAUUCCAUUGGCACUACAGGGUAAAGAUAUAAUAGGGUUGGCAGAAACCGGAUCUGGAAAAACAGCUGCUUUCGCGCUUCCCAUAUUACAGUCGUUAUUAGAAAAUCCACAAAGAUAUUUUGCUUUAAUUCUAACACCUACCAGAGAAUUGGCAUUUCAAAUAUCGGAACAAUUCGAAGCUUUAGGAUCAAGCAUCGGUGUAAAAUGUGCUGUAAUAGUAGGAGGAAUGGAUAUGAUGUCUCAAGCGCUAUUGUUAGCAAAAAAGCCACACGUUUUGAUCGCUACACCAGGAAGAUUGGUCGACCAUUUAGAAAAUACUAAAGGUUUUAAUCUGCGUUCGUUAAAAUUUUUGGUAAUGGAUGAAGCAGAUCGUAUUUUAAAUAUGGAUUUUGAAGUCGAAGUAGAUAAAAUUUUAAGAGUAAUACCCAAGGAAAGGAGAACAUUGUUAUUUUCUGCAACAAUGACAAAAAAAGUUCAGAAACUUCAACGAGCGUCUUUGCAAAAUCCAGUUAAAGUAGAAGUUUCAACGAAAUAUCAAACAGUUGAAAAGUUACAACAAUAUUAUGUAUUCAUCCCAGUAAAAUUCAAGGAUGUGUAUUUGGUACACAUAUUAAAUGAACUAGCAGGCAAUAGUUUUAUGAUCUUUUGCGGAACUUGUAACAAUACGGUGAGGACUGCGCUUCUUUUAAGAAAUUUAGGCUUUACCGCAGUACCAUUGCAUGGGCAGAUGUCGCAAAAUAAGAGGAUAGCUGCUCUAACGAAAUUUAAAGCAAAAAAUCGGUCCAUACUUAUUUCUACAGAUGUUGCUAGCAGGGGUCUUGAUAUUCCUCACGUAGAUAUCGUAAUAAAUUUCGAUAUACCCACGCAUAGCAAGGAUUAUAUACACAGAGUCGGCCGUACUGCACGAGCUGGCCGUUCUGGUCGUUCGAUUACAUUUGUAACACAAUACGACGUCGAAUUAUAUCAAAGAAUCGAGCACCUCAUAUCGAAGCAGUUGCCCUUGUAUCCCACAGAAGAAGAGGAAGUGAUGAUACUUCAAGAAAGGGUAGCCGAAGCGCAACGUAUCGCGAAAAUGCAAAUGAAAGACAUUGAAGAGAGCAAAAAAUCAGGCAAGAGAAAGAAGGGUGGUGGGGACAAUAAUGAAGAUGACGACACCGAGCAGUCGUUUGGAUUCAGGAAAAGAAUGAAAGGCAAAAUUAAGGGUAAAAAUGGUUGAACCGCUUGGUUAACUUAUUCGAUACAUUUGUUAAUUCUUAAUAAAUAAUCUCAACACAGGAUAAUAUUUAGUUUUAUUAUCA